CUUAGCCUGACUCAUUGGCUAUGUUGAACAUGUAGUUUGAUCAAUGGUACGACUGCCUAAUGCCGCAGCCUUGUCGCUUGCGGGAUCAAAGAUAAGAUAAGAUUUCCCUGCGAUUCCCCAAACUAUGAACUUUUUGCUUUGACCUCUUCUACAACAAACCAUUCCUACAACCCAAUUCACAACAUAAAUAUGUCUGGUCUGGCAUUUGGCUUGAAUGCUGGUAAAUCGCAGCCCGGCAUAUCCAAACCACAAAAACGCAAAGCGUUCUUUGACGACGAGGAAGAUGUUCCGGAGCACAAGCCUCCACCGCAAUACGGUGCGAAGAAAACAUCGAAACCUUUACGACCCUUGAGCGCAUUUGACGAUGACGACGACAAUGACGAUGGCUCAUCUGCCAAAGAGGAGUCCAAACAAUACGGAUUGCAGCCUGCAAAAGGCAAAUCCGCCGGGACGGAGAAAUACACCAACUUGUCUGCGCUGCGAAGUGCCAAACUCCACGACCAAGAAGCUUCGAAGAUCGAUGCUUCGGUCUACGACUACGAUGGUGCCUACGAGACAUUCCAUACGAAGCAGGAAAAGAAGCCAUCCACUAGUGGACAAGAGUCUGUCCCGAAAUACAUGACGUCCCUCCUCCAAAGCGCCGAGGUUCGCAAGCGAGAUCAACUACGAGCCAAGGAGAAGGCACUACAGCGAGAACGAGAAGCCGAAGGGGACGAGUUUGCGGACAAGGAGAAGUUCGUGACCGGGGCGUACAAGAAACAACAAGAAGAAAUAAGACGGUUGGAGGAAGAGGAGAAGAAGCGCGAAGAGGCUGAGGAGGAACGGCGGAGGAAAGGCGGCGGCAUGACCGCCUUCCACAAACAAAUGCUGCAGAAGGACGAGGAGAGAAUGCGCAUGAUCAAAGAAGCAGAAGAAGAGGUUGCGAAGAAGAAGGCGACUGGAGUGGAAGAUCAGGUAGAGGCUGAAGAAGAGACGACAGACAGCAAGAUCGCCGAGGAACUAAACAAGCAAGGCGCGAGGAUUGUGGUGAACGAUGAAGGUGAAAUUGUGGAUAAACGGCAACUGCUUUCUGCCGGUUUGAACGCCGCGCCCAAGAAACCGGGCAGAGAGCCUGAAGGACCGAAGAAGUCCAACAACGAUGCUCGGCCGCAGGAGUAUUGGCGAUCAUCCAAGGCUCAAGACGCUCGACAAGGACAACGCGAAAGACAGUCUCGUAUGGUGGAGCGACAGAUUGAAGAGAUGGCAGCCAAACAAACGGAAGCCGAGACCGAACAGGACAAGGCCCAGCAAGAGAAGAACAAGAGCCGAGUCACAGAAGCUGACAAGAUGGGUGCAAAAGAGAGGUACCUUGCACGUAAAAAGGAAAGAGAAGAAGAAGCCAGAAAGAAAAAGGAAGCUGGUGGCUGAACCAACUCAACUUUUUUGGGGUCGAGUGGUCUUUGCUGGGUCGUGAUGAGAGAUAUCAUAUUGAUACCAGGAUGGAGUAAUGGCGAUUAAUCAAGUCUUUCACUGGAUAAACCAUCCUCCAUCGACAGCGACGACCUUGUUAUGAACGUAACCAGUUUUGACCAUCCACACGACAGUCUCGGCGAUCUCUUCCGGCUUUCCGAGUCUACCGAUUGGGAUCUUUCCGGAUAGUUCAUCGUUGCUGCCGGGCAACAUGCCAGUCUCUUCGAUCAAAGCAGGUGCAACACCAUUCACGGUGAUGCCUUUUUUCCCAUACGCACCGGCGAGCCAAUGGAUGAGACCAUGCAUUGCCGACUUUGAUGAUCUGUGUUAUGAUACGGGUUAGCAAGCUUCCUACGAUCGAAGUAUCGAAUUAUCGAAUUCAUUAUCAAACACGGCAAGGGGAAGGGAAAACAAACAUACGCAUAAUGAGGGCCUACAACGCCACCCGUGAAACCAGCUACGCUGGAACAAAAAAUUACACGGCCCCAGUUGUGCCGGAGCAUGCUUGGGAUGCACAGUUGAGUGAGGAGGAAUGCCGUCCCACAGUUCCCGCGCCAGGUCUGUUCGAAUUCUUCGACGGUGACUUCGGAAAUGUCCUUGACCCCCGAUUUACCCAUGGUCAUGCCGGCGUUGUUGAACAGGAUGGUGGGGUGACCCAUGUCCUUCACGACGGCGGCGUGUAGCUUGCGUGCGCCUUCGUAGUCGCUCAAGUCUGCCUGGAACGCUUGGGCUUUGACACCGUAGGCCAUCAGGGUCGAUUCGAGUUUGGCGGCCUUUUCUGCGGCACUGUGGUAGUGAAUCGCGACGGAACAACCGAGUUUUGCCAGGGAAAGACAUGUAGCUCGGCCGAUUCCUGACAACGUGUGAGGUAUUGAGAAGGAGUGGGCCACAACACGCGAAAGAAGAUUGACCGACAUGUAUAAAGCAAAGAAAAACAUACCUCCUGUUGCACCAGUGACCAAGGCAAGAUGAGAGGACAGGUCCGUUGUCAAGGUAGACGACAUUUUUUAUCUUGACUUUAAUCUUGAUCUUGAUUUGUAUGGCUUCAACCUUUUGUUAUUUGGUAUUACGGAGUAGGUGGUCUGAGAAAUUGUAAUCCGUACGUGACAGAUUGAUAAUGGGGGUUCAAACAAGGCCUUGAGGAGAUGAGAGACUCGAAGAUAACUCGCUGAGGUUGGGAAUGGCUUUUUAGAGAGGGGGAGAGAGAGAGAGA